GCUAGGACCAGGAAGGUAGAGGUGCAGCCGCCUGAGAAGCACAUCCUGCUGGGUCUGAGCUCCCAGAGAGGCUAGUUCUGCAUGCCGGGAAGGGCUCUAAGCACCCUCAGACCACUUACUCUGAGGUUUGAGCCAAGCCUCCAGGGUGCUUGCUGAGUUGCUGAGAUAACUUUGGAGCUGGUGUCCCUGGGACUCACUGCCCAGCUUCCCUCCAUUCACCACCAUGGAAGAUGAUGGUUACAACUACUACGGGGCUGACAACCAGUCUGAAUGUGACUACGCAGACUGGACGCCCUCUGGAGCUCUCAUCCCUGCCAUCUACAUUCUGGUUUUCCUUCUAGGCACCACAGGCAAUGGCCUGGUGCUCUGGACCGUGUUUUGGAGCAGCCGAGAAAAGAGACGCUCAGCUGACAUCUUCAUUGCCAGCCUGGCUGUGGCUGACUUGACCUUUGUGGUGACUUUGCCACUGUGGGCCACUUAUACCUACCGGGAGUUUGACUGGCCUUUUGGAACCUUCUCUUGCAAGCUCAGCAGCUACCUCAUCUUUGUCAACAUGUACGCCAGUGUCUUUUGCCUCACCGGCCUCAGCUUUGACCGAUACCUGGCCAUUGUCAGGCCAGUGGCUAACGCUCGACUAAGGCUGCGAGUCAGCGGGGCCGUGGCCACAGCAGUCUUGUGGGUGCUGGCUGCCCUUCUAGCUGUGCCCGUCAUGGUGUUCCGUUCCACUGACAUCCCGGAAAACAGCACCAAGACCCAGUGCUACAUGGACUACUCUAUGGUGGCCACUUCAAACUCAGAGUGGGCCUGGGAGGUGGGCCUUGGGGUGUCCUCCACUGCUGUGGGCUUUGUGGUGCCCUUCAUCAUCAUGCUGACCUGUUACUUCUUCAUUGCCCAAACCAUCGCUGGCCAUUUCCGAAAGGAGCGCAUCGAGGGCCUGCGGAAGAGGCGCCGGCUGCUGAGCAUCAUCGUGGUGCUGGUGGUGACCUUUGCCCUGUGCUGGAUGCCUUACCACCUGGUGAAGACUCUCUACAUGCUGGGCAAUUUGCUGCACUGGCCCUGUGACUUUGACAGCUUCCUCAUGAAUGUCUUUCCCUAUUGCACCUGCAUCAGUUACGUCAACAGCUGCCUCAACCCCUUCCUCUAUGCCUUCUUUGACCCCCGAUUUCGCCGAGCCUGCACCUCCAUGCUCUGCUGUGACCAGAGCGGGUGCAAAGGCAGCCCUCACAGCAGCAGUGCAGAGAAAUCUGCCAGUUAUUCUUCUGGGCACAGCCAGGGCCCCGGCCCCAACAUGUGCAAGGGAGGAGAACCGAUGCAUGAGAAAUCUAUCCCCUAUAGCCAAGAAACCCUUGUGGACUAGGGCUGGGACCAGAGGGAAGCCUGGUGCCUCGGGGCCUGACCCAAACUUCAUCCUCACGCUCUGAGAACCAGGUAGCAUGGCUUCUCCUGGACUCCGAAUUCCCUUCUCUGCUCACCUCCAAGCUCUCUGCCUUGCUCCUCUCUUCUCACGCUUGUGGUUUAGUGGAAAGGGAAGGAGCCUUGCAAACAGCUCAGCUGUUCAGUACUUCUGAGGUUGACCUUGCACAAGUCUCUUAACUUCUUGAAACCUCAGUCACUUUGUUUGUAGUAAAUGGGUCAAUGUUAACCCUAAAGUGUUGAAGUGUGAGUCCUGACCCAAUUUGUUUCUUUCUGUUUGCUCAGCCCUCUGAGCUUUGGUUUUCUCUGUUGCAGAAAUUGUUUCUGUCAGCUACUCACUUUCUUCUUUCUUUCUUUCUUUCUUUCUUUCUUUCUUUCUUUCUUUCUUUCUUUCUUUCUUUCUUUCUUUUUUUUUUCCGGAGCUGGGGACCGAACCCAGGGCCUUCCGCUUGCUAGGCAAGCGCUCUACCACUGAGCUAAAUCCCCAACCCCAGCUACUCACUUUCUAGCGCUAACUCUUUCUCUUCUAGUGGCUUCCUCCCCCUCAAACCUUCCUGCCUAUACUCAGUGCCUUCUCCCCUGCUGGGCUUUUAAGGGUAAAGAACCCUGAAAAUUGAAGAGUAACUUAUCUUUUGAGUUCUUGUCCUGUUUUCUGAGAGCCAGCAGGUGGCUGUAUGUAGGCAAACAAUGAAUACUCUAGUCCCCACAGCUCCGAUCUUUCCAAAAAGUUGGAUGAGUUCAUUGUUGGUUCAGCCACCAGGGCUAGACUGAUCUUUGAUUCUUUGGCAGAAUCUCUAUGAUGCUUAGUGAAUAAUGCAUCCUACCAAUAACCAAGUAUCCUUCCCAUCACUUUUUAAAAUUGUCUGUGAGAAUUGCAAGGCAGCAGGGCUGAGGUGGCUUUGGAUGAAGGGGGAGUUGGGAAGGGAAAACAGAGAAAGGGUGAGAGGGGAAUCUGUAUUUAGUCUGUAUGCUGCUUGCCUCCCCUCCCCCAAUCCUUGCCUCUCCACCUCCUACAGAACUGUGAACUGUAGAGCAGAUCUUUCUCCUGUGUCCUCCCCCACCCUACCUUCUCUAUAGGUUUUGGUGCUAUUUGGCACUAAGAGUCACUUGGUUAGGUAAGGCUAUUUGGUUUUUGUCAAUAUGGGUAUAUAUAAAUAUAUAUGCAUGUGUGUGUAUGUGUGUGUGUGCGCGACACACACCCAGAAGAGUAUCACAUAAGCUUCAUUGAUGAAGGACUGGGGUGAACCCCCACUCACUUUCUCCUGUGCUCCUAUAGGUCUCACAGACCACUUGGGGAAGAAGGACAUAUGGAGGGAGUGUAGAAUAGAUAUGGGUCCACCCCCACUGGAUUUGGGGAACUCCGACGGCUGGUCCGUAUUUAGGAAAGAAGUCUAUGUUUGUGCUAGGCUUUCUGUAGGGAGCUGUUUCCUCAGUAGCAUCUGGUUCUAAGGCUGGAGAAAUCUGGAGCUGGGCCCCAGUUCCUCUCCCCAUUCCACAAUGGCAAGAACAGACUUAUAGACUAUAUCACGGCCCUUCUCCUGUGUCCUUCCCUGGCUCUGACUUAUUUCCCAUCCCUCUCUCUUCGGGGUCUGUGUCCCUCUUCCUAAGGAGGACACUUUCUUGCCACAGGAUAAAGAAUACAGGGUGAGCUUUUGGUCUCUUCUCUGUCAGGACUGAGCCUCUUGGCUUCGCUGGCUCCUCUUGCUCCUUUGUGUGUGUGUGUGUGGGGGGGGUAAGGUUGUGAAAGAGUGACUGAAGCCGCUGUGGGGCUCUCAAGGAUCAAAUUAAUAGCGGGGCCUCUGUGAGCUGGAAAUGGGUGUGUGUAUUCCGGGUUUUGUUCUUGGAGGGCUCUGGAAACCAAGGACAAGACAUGUGCCAUUGGACAGGAAGAGCCUGGCUUGAUGCAGUUGGACCAUCUCUGGCAGGGAUCCUGCUCCUGGGGCAGAAAAGGGGGUUGUGGUGGUGGGGGAUGGAGAAAACAGCUUUUCUUAGCUGAGCUCUGCAUGUCUCAGGCCAGAAACUUUCACACAGCGUCUUCAUCUGCCAGGCCAUCCUCAAAGCAGCCAGUACAGGCUGUAGGAGGCUUCUGGGAGACAGGAAUCUCAACCAUGACUGGGACAGACAGCAGCGGAGGCAGGCUCUCUUCCCCACCCCCAUCCCACCUUCAGAAUGCGCUUUUUUUUCCUGAUCUUGUUAGUCACUGUGGUUCAUCAAAUAAAAACUGUUUUGUGUA